AUUCCAACGACUCUACCUAACCGUCUUGGUGUCUCAACCCGCCCACUCCAUUCAUUCAUUCGUUUCUCCAUCCUCGUCCCUCAUCAUUCCAAUAUUCGAACAUUCGUUUUCCGUUGCCAUCCUUGCCGUAAUUGGAUCACCCAUUGUAUCAUUCAUUUUUUCCGCUUUGGAUAAUUUGACUUGGGCAUCCUUUCAUCCUCAGCAUCUCACAAUGAUCAAUUUUUUCGUCAACUGGGAAUUAUGGCAGCAGAUGACCUUUGUCCUCGCUGGUGCCAUUGUUGUGGUAUUCCUUGUAGGAUUGGUUAAGCUGUGGUGGUUGAGUAGAUUUCUCAAGAAGCAUACAGUACUUGACUUAGAAAAGAGGGCUCGGCAACAAGAGAUGCAGAAGAGCGGUCUUCCUAUGGGUAAACGAGUCGACAUCCCCUUCGGCGUACGCGCAAUACAGAGUGGAAUCGAGGUUGACGGCAUAUGGAUAUCGCGCCCAGGCACCCCCAUUGAGGUCGGCCAAAGUAGCCCAUCGUUCGCCUCGUCAUCGACUCUCGAGACUGAAAGCAAGCUGAAAGGGAAAGAAAAAGAGCUGGCAAAGACGGUGACCGAGGUCGAACCAACCCCUGAACAGAGCCCGCAUCCAAGCCCCCCGAUAAGUUUGUCUGAGCGGCAUGUCCCAGCCGGAGUCGACCCUGCCCAGAUCAGGGCCUUUCCUCUGGGGGCGCAGCCAACCUACAGGCCCAGGGGCCCAUCGCGUCGCCGAAUAGAUAUCACACCAGGCGACAUUCCGGAUGAAGAUGCAAUAAGCCGUCUCGGAUCGAACAUGGGGUGCCAACAAGAAGUCGAAACCUACAUCCCUACUAAUUCAUUUUCGAGUACGGAAUCUUCAGCAUCUUCACAACAAAGGACGAUGGUUGAGCGCAGUUCAACCUCGUCGGAUGAGGGUGUGAACCAUUCGAGCGCACGUUAUGUUUCCCACCUUCGACGUUCCGCUGUGCCUACUCCUCGAACAUUGAAUGCCUUAGGUGAUCUCGAAGGCUCAGCAUCUAAUAUAGACUACUUCUCGGGCGUAUAUACUGAACAAAGGGGAAAUCCUUUCGAGACGCCCUCCUCAGUAGGGUCGCAACCAGUUCCUCGACCUCCUCUAGCAGCAAACAGACCGGCACCCCACCGAUCAUACUCCGGUGACUCCUAUGCGAAUAUGUCAUCUAGGAGGAUUAAUGCGGGCUUUGAAAUAUUACCCGCUGGUACUUUUAGUAGACCCAACAGUCAAACUGAAUUGGAGGACGGCAAAAAAGCAAAGAGGAAUAGUGGCAAUAAAAUUCAAAAAAGGAAUCGCGAUAGAUCAUCAAGAGAAGGGUCCGCGGCGAGGUGAUAAGUAACUCUACAGAGGGCAUAAAUAGGGGGUGUCCUCUAGCCUUGACAGAUAUUAUACUAAAGAAGAUUAAUGUAGAUAACAUCUUGCUCGGGCGAACUUAGGGUCGUAGUCGACUAAAACGAAAUGGGUGGGUUUGCAUUGCAUUCAUAUCGGCGUCUGUACAGCGAUUAAGAGCGAUAGAGGAUCUAGAAGAAUAAUUAACUGGAAAUUUCCGCAUACCAGCUGAACGGAAGAUAUUCGACUUAGUAUCAUGUUAAACAUCGUGACGUCUAGACGUAAUUCAUUCGAACCGGGAGAGCGAGUCAGAAAAUGAUUUAUAAAUGGGUUUCAUCUUCGUAUCUUUUUGAUUGUCGGUGUUGACCGAUAUUGUAAACACUGGCGGCAUAGUUCGAAUGGAAUACUGCCUACCUACCUA